AACAUAAUCAUACGAUGACAUGCUGAUAAUCAUCAAAUGUGCAACAAGGAUGAGGGAAAACAUAUGAAAGAGAAAUAACAGAGGUUAUGGAAACAGUUAGCAUUCAGAAGUUACGACUUAACAGUAUAAGUUUUUUUUAAUUUUUGUGACCGUACUCUUUUUGUUUUGUGAAAGUGAUAGUACUUAUUUUGUUAAUAUUUUCCUUUGUAAAAGGAGAUGUGUAUAGGUUAAAAACUAUUACAAAGGAAAUUAUUGUUUAUCAAUUAAAAAAGAUAAAAUAAUACUUGAAAUGUUGUUUUGAUUGAAAUAUUUAUUGGGCAACAACUCUUAUAUGGGAAAUAUAUUUUGUGAAACGAUCCAUAGGUGACAAAGGCUAAAAUGACGGUUGAGAAAAGCAAAGGGACAGAGAAGAAAGUCCCGCCGCCAACACGGAAAGUGGCUCCGGAUGGAGGAUGGGCGUGGAUGGUGUGUCUAGGAGUGAGUUUAGUCAAUUUUUCAACGCGUUCCUUGGAACCGUCCUUCGGUCUUUUGUUCAAGGACCUGUUAGACGACCUCGGUGUCCACACGACUGGUGCGUCGGUCAUCGCCAGUACACUCGACUCGGUUGUUAACUUCUCUGGUUUUUUCGUGGGUCCUGUUAUAAAGACUUUCUCAUACCGAAAAGUCUGUGUUGUCGGUUCGACGAUAUGUGCACUCGGUCUGCUCUUCACUGCGCCGGCCAACAGUAUGGGUCAUAUAUUGGGUACAUACAGUAUAUUGGGAGGGUUCGGAGUUGGGUUAGCAUCAUCGUCGUCUUUUGUUUCUCUUAACCAUUACUUCUCGAAGAAGCGUGGGCAGGCUGUCGGCUUAUCUAUGGCUGGUACAGGUUUCGGCCUCAUGGUCAUGCCACAAUUAGUCAAACUGCUACUCGGCGAAUACGGGUUUAGAUGGACCGUUGUAAUAUUGGGCGCUUUGGCCUUCCAUGCCGUACUUGGAUCAUGUCUACUUCAGCCUGUUAAACGACAUCUUAAAGAUGAACCGAUAGAUUGUGAGAUGCAAUUAGUAAAGGAGAUGGAAUGUAUUCACGAGAGCGACGAAGAAGACGAUAAAUUCGAAAUUAAUCCACUUGUAACACAUCAGAUGACAAAGUUACCAAAGCAAAGAUCUAACCUUAAUAUGAACCACCCAUCUGUAAGGACAAUUGGCCUCCCUCGGGCCAAGACUUGUGACAAACCUCUUCAAGAAUUCGAUGGUAGUACAAAAUUUAUUCCAGGCCUGACAACCGCCGCCUCAGUGGCUGCGAUGCAGAGGGUGACAUCUAGCGGCAGUAUGCCCGAAGCGCUUAGAAAAAGAAAAGUAUCUGUGAUAUCGAAUAUUUCAAAUAUGGACUUUACGGGAAGUUACCUGCAGCUGUAUCUUGAUACAGCAGAUGAAGACGCUCUACAAAUGAAAGCCAUUAAAAAAUCUGAACCAGAAGUAGAAAAAAAGCAAGGUUGCUUUAAAAAGUUUAUUAGCCUUAUGGACUUAGAUUUAUUGAAAGACUGGUCAUUUUUGAACCUUUUACUUGGUCUUUCAUUAUUCUGGAGUGGGGAGUUACAGUUUAGGAUGUUAACACCGUUCUUCAUAAGGAGUUUAGGUUAUAAUAUGAAUGAUACUGCGUUCUGUUUGUCUAUGACUGCUAUAACUGACAUAGGUGUUCGCUUGGUGUUGCCACCUAUAUUUGACAGAAUUAAUGUCACUAAGAAGAUGAUCUUUUUCAUUUCGGCUUUCUUUUUAGCUGCUACGCGAUCAGUUCUGGCUGAGCAAUCUGAAUGGGUACCCCUUAUGGUCUGGCUGUCCAUUUGUGGUUUCUUUAGAGGAAUGUGUCUCAGUAACUUCACACUAACAAUAUCUGAGUAUUGUCCCUUGGAAAAGUUGCCUGCUGCCUUUGGACUACAUAUGGUCAGCAAAGGAGUAUUUGUGGUUAUUAUUGGUCCGAUUAUUGGAUAUGUAAGAGAUUACACGGGCAGCUUCUCCAUGUGUAUACACGUUCAAAACGCUCUCAUUAUGUCCUGCGUACUAGUUUGGGGAAUAGAAUACGCAUUAGCGUUUACCCGACGCCGUAAAGUUGUACAAAUAUAGUACGAAAUGUACUUAUUGUGAGGCUGCAACACAAUUUUGCCGGAAAGCAAUCUAAGACUUAAGAACACUGGGAAUGU